AUGUCAGAAAUAUCACUACAAGGCAAAAUAUUCGCAGCGACCGUCCAAACGACGUAUGAACAGAGUGAGGGACCGAGAUCCCCUGAAGGAGGAGGGCAGAAUGGAAGAGAACUACAAGGUAACCUGGAGGACGAGGACUCUGAGCUGGAAGAUGACGACUCAGAGCGUGCAUCACCACCGUGGAUUCCGUUGUCUGAGGUCAAAGACGUGGUAAGCGCAGCAGAAGAUGAGCUGAAGACCCUGCAGCUCUCACGAGUUGAUCGUGAUAGAUUGCAAACAUUCAUCAGCAAGGCACAGCGGCUGUGUGCUCUUCUCAUCCAUAUCGAUCGCCUACAUUGGAUCGAGGCCUUCUGCGAGCAGAAUUUUGGAGAUGCAAGAUUUCCAGUCAAAAUUGUGCAGAAGAACAAAAACACAUGUACAGUGCGGCGAUUCAAGACCAAGGCAACCUUGUCUGAGGCAUCAGUCGACAUACACAUUGCAAAGCCAGAUGAUAGAACAAUCAUUCACACGAUUGAAGAUCCCCACCAGUGGUUUUUCUUCCCUCCCGUAUUUUCGAAAAGCGGCUCUCCCUAUACGUUCGACCCGCGAUGCAGGUUGCCAUUCCUGAAGGAAAUCACCCACAGAGCAACAAAUUUCAGUGCGGUGACCGAACGUGUCAUUCACAAAAGUCACCUGGAUUUUCCAAAGUUCCCAAAUGAUGACCAAGUUGGUACUGUGGUCGAUGAUGAUGGAAAUCCUCAUGUCGCUGUGAAGGAACUCACUUCGGAAAAGUGGUUCGGGCCGCGAUUCAAGGAAGUCGUCAAAAACGAGGAGGCAGUUCUGGUCCACUUUCAAGAGAAAAAGCACGACCACUUCAUCAAGGCCAUUGCCAGAUAUACCCAAUCACGAAAACAUUACUUUGUUUUCCCGUGGGCGAAAGGCGGAAAUCUCCACGACUUCUGGGAGAAGCAACCUAGCUUGAGCGACGACUGCCUUAAUUUCAGUCGCGAAACCUGGAACACAUUCGUCAAAUGGUUCUUUCGACAAAUUCUUGGUAUUUCUGGCGCCAUGAAGAGCCUUCAUUUCCCGGUCAACAAUCCAGGUGGUUCAUGCCGCCAUGGCGACCUCAAACCCGAGAACAUACUUUGCUUUUGCGAUGUUUUACCUGGCCCAGGUCAGGUACCAACCAACGUAAAGCUGGUGAUUGCCGACGCAGGGCAUGCGAAAAUCCACCAGAAAGCAACAGAAUUUCGGCCUGACCCGACGAGAACCCCGCGUGGGACACAACGAUAUACUCCCCCAGAAGCUAACAACCCAGGCGAGACCGAGAAGCCCACAUCACGACGAUACGAUAUCUGGUCUCUCGGAUGUAUGUAUCUUGAGUUCCUCAUCUGGAUUCUAUAUGGGUACAAGGGACUACUCGAUUUCUAUAAUGACGUUGGUAAUGAGUUCUUUUCCACCACUGGAGGAAACGUUCAAGUGAAAUCUCAAGUUCAGGGCUGGAUCGACGCCAUCAAGGUUGAUCCGAGAUGCGCGCCUUUCACAUCAACCGCAGUUGGGAGAUUGGUCCACCUCAUCGAAGCCAGGUUAUUGGUCGUCAAUAUCGAGAUCGAACCCAAAGACAACACUGAAUUGCAGGAAGUCAAGGAUCUCGGAACGAUGGGAACUGGCCCCAAAUUAAUUAUUCGGCCGCCGACUAUAAAGAUCAACCCAGAGCCGACACUGGCAAGAGCUGAUGCAAAAGAGAUGGUAGAAGAGAUGGAAACUAUUGAAGCCGCAGCGGAUAAAGGUUUGAUUGAGUGGAUUAACUGGGAUGGCAUGGAACAAGCAUCCAAACUGGGAACACCGCAAACAUCUGAUACCCUUCUUUCCGACAAGCAAUUGAAGACACUCAAUCAACGGCGCCAUAGCUUAUCAGUGCUUGACAACAGCUGGAAGUACACUUCUGAUAGCAGCCUUGCCAGCUACAUCGUCCGUCAAAGUCCAAACACAAUCCGACACCAGCACUUGAUUUCCAAACUCUGCGAAUAUUGCGAGCAAUAUCGACUUUGGCUGCCUGACUACAGAUUCUCUGUGAAGUUGCUUGACCUUGUCAGGAGGUCUGACCGGUGCAACUUCUGCCGAGUUUUACACAGAUGCAUGAAAGAUCGAGCAGCGCUCAGCCGGGAUGUGAUCACGUUUUUAAGAUCAGACUCAAGCUCAGCACUGACCUUCCAUGAGAAACACCUUCGCCCAGUAUUCUCCCUGUGUACUACAAUUAGUCGAACCCCGCUGAUUGCUAAAGGCUCAAAGCGGCUCGCAGAGAAUGAUGUUCAUAUGGGUUUUCCUGCUCUGUUGCCUGCAGGCAGCGACACGCACAUUAGAAUACUCGCGGAAUGGCUCAGUAUCUGCGACAAGAAGCACAAACACCACCAAUCUGGAGGCGAUUUUGUCCCAUCUCGGCUCUUGGACCUUGGAUACAAGGAGUGCAAGAAAGUGCGACUCGCGUCCAGUGUUACGGACAAGACCUCUAUGCGCUAUGCAGCCUUGUCACAUAGAUGGGGCUCCCCUAACGAAGCAAGACCGGAGAGUGUAACGUUCCCCGUCACAACAUGUGAGAAUCGACACCUCAUUGAGAGCCCCCAGGGAAUGGAUGAUAUUGUACUGCCCCAAACCUUCCAGGAUGCCGUUUGUAUUACCAGAAGCCUUGGUAUACGGUAUCUUUGGAUCGAUUCCUUAUGCAUACUUCAGAAGACUGGGAAAGGCCACGACUCAGAACAUGUGGAAGACUGGAGAAGAGAGUCACAACGCAUGGAAAAGGUGUUCAGUUCCGCGUACUUCACGAUUGCGGCUAGCUGCGCAGAUCAUAUGUUUGAUGGGUUUCUGAAGGCACGAAGCCCGAGAGACGUUGUCACCAUGACUACGAAUGAUGGUGAAAAGUUUCAUGUGUGCGAAAACAUCGACGAUUUCGAUCAUGACGUCGAACAAGGUAAAUUGAACAAGAGGGGCUGGGUAUUACAAGAACGCGCUCUAUCACGUCGAACAUUUCACUUCACGAAGGGUCAGACAUAUUGGGAGUGCGGCGAGGGCAUAAGAUGCGAGACGUUCACUCAGACCACGAAUCGCAAAGCAGCCUUUCUUGGUGACUCAGACUUUCCUAAUGCUGUUAAGUCCGAUAAGCAAGGGAGACAGCUUAAGCUUUACCAUGAGCUUUACGAAAGAUACUCCUCCUUGGACCUUUCCAGCCGAAAGGAUAGGCCGGUGGCAAUUGCAGGGCUUGAGAAAAGACUCAUAUCAGCCUUGUGCUCUCCAGGAGGUUACGGUAUUAUGCACUUAAACUUUCCCAGAGACCUUUUGUGGCAACGUCAGGAUCAGAAUCGUUCACUAGAGCGCGUGACGUUUGAUCACUCGUCCAGAGUACCGUCAUGGUCAUGGAUGGCUUUCCAUGGAGAGAUAAGAUACAUGAAUGUUCCACUGGGAGACGUCAUUUGGGAAGAACGUAUUAUUUCUCCUUUCCAGCUCAGCGACCUGGCCACAGACACAGGUUACGAUACUCAGCAUCCACAUGAGUUCAACGCCCCGAUAUCGGUGCUGACGAGUGAAAGAGAACCUGGUCAGACUAUAGACAGGCCGAGACUGCUGAUACAAGACGAUAUGAACUUUUCGCUUCAAGAACCAAUCAAGUGUAUCGUCGUUGCAAGAGGCAAGAGAAACCUACAGCUGUACGCUAUUCUCGUGCACCUGGUUAAGGAAGAGGAUGGAGUUCAGAUUUUCGAGAGGUCUGGCGUGGCGUUUCUAACGAAGAACGAUAUCACAGUUGAAACCAGCGCAGAGCACCCUUGUAUAGGAAGGAUUCGAUAG